AUAAAAACCCCUGCAGGUUGCCACACAAACCAGAAUAUCUCUUUGCCUCUCUGUGUGCUGCGGUAGCUCACAAGCGUACUUUAUCAAACGCAGUGAGUUUCUUUGUUGUAGUCAUAGUCGAUAUUGUAUGCUGGUUGCUUGUAUCUGAUACUAUUUGAAGCAGCAUGAGACCCCAGCGACAUUCGAGCGGCGACUCUUGUAUGAGCGUCGACAGCGAGACGGAGAACGUCCAAGGCCCAGAAAUCUUCGAUGAAGUUGAAGAACAGGUUGACUUUGGGAUGUUGUUUGAUGUUGACGGUGUUAUCGGCAGGGGGAGUUACUGCCUGGACGCCUCCAAGAAGAUGAUCCGGCUCCUUCAGGAUGAGAACGGUGCCAUGAAGGUUCCUAUCGCAUUUGUCACCAAUGCCUGCAGCCCCAGCAGCAAGAAGGCCAAAUUGAUCUCAGAAUGGCUGGGAAUUGAGGUGCUACCAGAACAGGUAAUGCAUGCGCAGAGCCCAUUGGCAGUGUUCAAUAAAUAUCAUGACAAACAUGUGCUGGUCAUCGGUCAGGGACCUUUGCAGGAGAUGGCCCAAGAUCUUGGUUUCACCAAUAUUUGUACAAUGGAGGAUAUAAAAGAACAUUUCCCACUCCUGGAUAUGGUGGAUCAUGCUAAUAGGGUCAAAGUGGCCACAAAUGGUUACAAAGAAAAAGAGUUCCCCAGAGUUGAAGCCAUCGUCACAUUUGGAGAGCCUAACAGAUGGGAGACUAACCUCCAGCUCCUAAUUGACCUCUUAUUGACCAAUGGCUACCCAAAGAUUGCCCCAGAGGGGUUCCCUGACCACCACCUGCCUAUCCUAGCAUGUAACAUGGACUUGGUGUUCAUGGCAGAGGCAUGUAUGCCCAGGUUUGGCAAUGGUUCUUUCCUUAUCUGCCUGGAAAGCUUAUACAAGAAGAUCACAGGUCGAGAUCUCAAGUACAGCGCUCUGGUGGGGAAACCCAGUGAGAUCACAUUCCGUUAUGCAGAGCACUGUCUCACCAACCAGGCACGCAGAAUGGGAAUUACAAAACCAAUUAAAAAGCUUUAUUUCUUUGGUGACAACCCAGAGGUUGACAUAGUUGGCGCUAAUCUCUAUGACAGGUACAUAAAAAGUCUCCGAGACAACGGAAACUCCGAGACAUGCACAACCAUACCUAUCAACUCCCGCAAGAUCCCAGAGGAGGCGGAAUUCCAUGACCAAUCAGUUGAGAGCAUUGACGCCAUCUUGGUUGAGACAGGGGUAUACAACCCCGCCACUACGAACCUUGAGGAAAACAGCAUUUACCAUCAUGGACACCGGGACUUUGAGAAAGAUACAAAACUUAAGAUGCCAUCUAAAUUUGCCAGAGACGUUUAUGAUGGCGUUGUUUAUGCCUUACAAAAGGAAGGAUUUAAAUGCCAAGUUACUGGUUAAAAUCAUUUACAAAGUAUUUGUAAAAUGACUCCAUGUGCUUGUGAUGCAUGUAAUAUGCCACCUUUGGCCUUGCUGCCAAAAUAUUGAGAUUGGGUAUUUCAUUAUUUAUUCCAGAAAAGUGCACUUACUAUAAAACUACUAAAACUGGCCAUGGGCAAAGUGUAUAAAUAACUGAAUACAAGUCAGUAAGUCCUGGUACAUGUAGUUCUAUGUGAGUACCUUGAAAUUGCAUUGUGAAACAAUGAUGUAUCAUGUGUGGAACAUGUAAGGUAUUUAGAGUUUGUGCACGUUACAUUUAUCCCAUGGUACCUUGACUGGAGAUGUAUGUAAAAGAUAGAAACCUAGCAGUUUAUGACUCAAUAUUAGGUUUGAAGUUGAUAAAUGGUGAACUAUGCACUUUUUGAUGGGCUCCGUUUUGUUACAUUACUUAAGCAAGCAGGUCUUGCUAUUUUUGUUGCUAUGACAAAAUCUUCGGCAGAUUGCAAGUGCACUGUAAAAAUACAUUUUAAACAAAUUUGAAUUCCAAGGCCAAAAGCAAGGAAGUGUUAAGUUUUUUAGUACAGAGUUGUUUUUUAUAUCAUAUGUGAGUUGUGUACAUAUAUGAGUUGUAUGUUUCUUUUCAGAUAUGUUUUAUGAUGGUAGUAAGCAACAGCAAAGUGCCCGACCUUCGAAAGUAAAUAUUUAUAUUUAGGGACUAGUACAUACUAUAACAAAAUCUGAAGAGUUCAGAGUUUACAAGGGGCAUAAAUUUGAAUUACUACAUUAUAGUAGUAUAUACACGUAGUAUCAACUAGUAACAUUUAUUGCUAAAAAUAAUAAAAGAGUAUUGUGGUCUGGCAGAUAUUAAUUUCAUCUUGUGCAAGAUCUGUGUUUUUGAAUAAAAUGAUCUCAAGUUGAAAAUUUA